CCGAUGGCUGAAAAUAUCUAAAGGUAGGCUAGGGAAAUAUGGAUAUUGUGUCCUCACUAAUUAACAAACGUAGUGGAAGACUCAUGCAUAUCAAGGGAAUGCUAAGUGAAAAUGACUGCAUUUGGAUGGAAGCGAAAAGCUGGGGAUAAGGUUGUUAGAGAAGCUUCAGCAGCCUUUGAAAGUGAUGCCAAAGAAGAAGAAAACCCUGAAGACCUGGGUGUGGAUUGGCUGACAUUGGUUCCACCAAAGAAAAUCAUUUGUUUAGAAGAUGCCAUUGCAAAGAGCAACAGGUUGAAGCAAGAAGGAACAGUCUUAGCAGAUUCUGAGAGGUACUGGGAAGCAUUAAGAAAAUGGGAUGAAGCCAUUAAACUGAAUUCAACGGACGAAACAUUGUAUGAAAUGAAAUCACAGGUGUUGUUGAUUCUGUGUGAAGUAUACCCAGCAGUACAUAUGGGGGAAAGGGCUGUUGAUCUAAAGCCCACAUGGUGGGUGGCUCAUCAGACCCUAGGUAGAGCCCGCUUGGGCUUGGGAGAGGUCAAAAUGGCUUUAAAAAGUUUCUCCCGUGCAGUCCAUCUAAAUCCAGCAAACCGUGAACUUUGGAAGGAUGACUUAUGGUGGGCAGCAGAGUUAUGGAAGAAGCAUACAGACUCUGUGAAAACCUUAGAGUCACAGAAAGAACAAGAAUCUAGUGUUGUAAUAAAAGAAUAUUCUGAGGAUGAACAGAAUGAAAAUGAGGAAAAUAUUAGUAGUAAAAAGACUGUGAAUUCACAUCAGAAAAUGUUCACUCACACAGCAACAUCAAAACUGAAAACAAAGACUUCAAAUGAACAGUCUGACACGAAGCCCACAGAAUUGCCAAACAAUUAUGUACAUAUGAGAGAUACUUGAACAUUUAAAUUACAUAAUUUUUUUUUUAAUUUUAAAAAACGGUCCCAUUUAUACUGAAUCAGAAUACAAAAGCUUAAAAAUCAGUGAUUGUAUACAUUAUAAUGAUACAUCUCCUAACAGAUGAUGGUAUACAGUAUGAUGCAUCUCCUAACAGAUGAUGGUAUACAGUAUAAUGAUACAUCUAACAGAUGAUGGUUUACAGUAUAAUGAUACAUCUCCUAACAGACGAUGGUAUACAGUAUAAUGAUACAUCUAACAGAUGAUGGUUAACAGUAUAAUGAUACAUCUCCUAACAGAUGAUGGUAUACAGUAUAAUGAUACAUCUAACAGAUGAUGGUUUACAGUAUAAUGAUACAUCUCCUAACAGAUGAUGGUAUACAGUAUAAUGAUACAUCUAACAGAUGAUGGUUUACAGUAUAAUGAUACAUCUAACAGAUGAUGGUAUACAGUAUAAUGAUACAUCU